UUCCCUGCCCCUUCGCCGCCUGCUCCGCUGCUCCUUUCACGCUCUCCCCCUUCCUUCAUUUCCGCGUCCGCUUCGCCUCGCGGUCGGCCAGUCGCAGCAGCAACCGCCGCGCCGCCCCUCGCCUCCUCCGACCUCCUCCACGCCCUACCGCUCCGUCCGUCCCCCGCCCCGAGCUCGUCGGCGGGCACCAGCGCCGCCGUGGCCGGCUGCGGUUCGGUACCCGCAUCUGGGGGCCGGUGGUGAAACGGCCUGCGUCGUCGUUGCCUCUCGACGUCUGCCCGCUUUCUCGCCGGCGCCAUUGUGUUCGUGUAAACCCCUGUGAUAGUGAUAUUCACCGUUGCUAGUGAUGCAUUCUUCGGAAAAUAUACUGGUAUUCUCCAACUCGGGAAGAUCAUCAAAAGGGAGGAAUGAGACCUCUAUGGAGUUGGUUCCUGUACCAAAUAGACCAACUAGAUCUGAUGCUUCCCGCCAAUGCAAAUCUGAUUCUCCUUUGAAGCGAUCACAAAGGAAAGUUAGAAAUGCUACUCUGGCAAAAAGCAUAAAGAAUAAAUAUCACUGUAGUCCCCUCAAGCAGCGGAGGGGUUCAGAUUCUGUUGCUGGGAAAAUUGUGACAGGACUAACUGCACGGAGGAGGAAGAAAAGAAAGAUGCAAAAUACAGAUGAGGCAACUCGCUUGGAACGAAGAGCGAGAUAUUUUCUAAUCAAGAUAAAAUUGGAGCAGAAUCUACUAGAUGCUUACUCUGGAGAUGGAUGGAAUGGGCAAAGCCGGGAGAAAAUAAAGCCAGAGAAGGAACUGCAGCGUGCCAGGAAACAAAUCAUAAAAUGCAAAAUUGCUAUACGUGAUAUCAUUCGCCAACUUUGUUUGUAUACUUCUACUGGGAGUGUUGAUGACCCAGCAAUGCCUCCAGAUCAGUUUACCAAUCCCGAACAUACCAUGUGCUCAACAUGCAAGUCUCAUGAAUCAUUUCCCAGCAAUAAAUUUAUCUUCUGUGAAGGGCCCUGCAAAAGGGCAUAUCAUGAGAAAUGUUUGGAACCUCCCUUAAACAAAGGUGUACUUCCAACAAGUAGCCAUGGAUGGCUUUGCAAAUUCUGUUUGUGCAAGGUGAAAAUUUUAGAAACUAUCAAUGCACAUCUAGGAACAAGUUUUACAGUGAUGUGCUCCUUUGAAGAUAUAUUCAAGGAAGCAACAGAACAAAUAGACUCCGAGGAUGCACUAGAUGAAGAUUGGCUUUCUGAGUAUUCAGGUGAUGAGGACUAUGAUCCUGAUGAAAAUGAGGACAGCGACAACUGUAUGGACAGCGGGGAGGAAAUUAUGUCUGAUGAUUCCAAUGGUUCAGGAAGCCCCCUUUAUUCUCCAAAUGACGAUAUUCCCGACUUCAUAUCAGCAGAUUUAAAUGACGUGGAAGGGUUUUGUCACGCCAAUUUAGACUUAGGCAUUGAUGCCGGUGAAGAUGAUUUGGCACAGAUCCUUACCUACCAAAGGCCAAGAAGAGAUGUUGAUUACAGAAGGCUUAAUGAGGAAAUGUUUGGAAAAAUAAUGGGAAAUGAAGAACAGAGUGAGGAUGAAGAUUGGGGCCAUGAAAGGAGAAAGAAAAGAAGGACGCGUUCAGGUGGUGCUGGGGAUAAUUCUGUGGGUUUCUCAAAUGUUAUAUCUGAUGAAAAGAGCCAAAAGAAGGGGAGAAAACUUUUCAGGAUUCCUCCUGCAGCUGUCGAGGUACUACGCAGAGCUUUUGCUGAAAAUGAGCUUCCACCCCGGGAUGUCAAAGAAAAUCUCUCAAGAGAAUUGGGAAUUUCUUUCGAAAAGAUUGAUAAAUGGUUCAAAAAUACACGGUGUGCUGCUCUUAGAGAUCGUAAGGCUGAAGGGAACAGUCAUAAUACGGCUCUCAGCAAAAGCUCAAGAAAUAAAGGAAAAGCUGGAAUCUCAGGCAAGGCCGAAAGAAAUGACCAUGUUACUGGUCCCUGCAAUAACUCGAGAACAAAUGAAGAAAAAUCUGGUAUAUCAGGGAAGGUUGAUUCAGUAGACAACUCUUGCUUGGUUCCCUUGUCUGAAAUCAUCAAUGUGCAUACACGAGUGCAACACAAUCUUGAGAUGAGGAAGAUGGAAUCAACUAGCAGUCCUGUGUGGCUGCACAAUGAAGGAGGUUGCUUGUUUCCAACACUCCAAGCCAAGGAGAGUACAUUACCUACAAGCAAGCCUUGUUUACCGUCAGAAAUAAGCCAUCCAACAACUAAUGAAGUGGGCACUUUAGUGCAAGCUACUUCUUGGAUGGAUGCUGGGGCGUGCAUUGAGCAGCAAGAAACCACUCCUUGGGUGGAUACCGGGGCCUCAGGUUACCAGCCUUUCCUGGACGUGAUUGAUGAGAUGUGCGGACUUGAGUGCAGGCUGCAGAGGCUGAAGGAGAACAUGUUCUCAUCUGGCAUGGACGGCAGAACCGCCGGUGUGAGUGACAUGGGAAACCAGGCUGUGGUGCUUGUGCCGACUGCUGAGCUCAAGGAAAAAGCGCCGCAUGGCGGUUUAUUUGGCCAUUAUUGCCCAUAGAUCUUAUAUAUAGCAGAUAGCUGUACAGGGAACCAAGAGAAAAAAAGAAAAGAAAAGAAAAGAAAGAAGAAACAACAAACAGAGAAGUGCCCACUUACAUACCAAUCCAUACUGUCAGGUACUCUCCUUUCUUGGGCCUCUCAUUACUAAUACUGUCAGGUUGCCCAGAAUCGCCAGAACCUUUCCUUGUAUGCCUCGGAGGUUCAUCAUAUAUAUGUUGUAGUAUAUCAGACGAGCUGUGCUUAGUAGUAACAAUUGUGUACACUCCUAAAUCCUAAUCCAAAUCCAGACUCUUUUUUUGAUAAUGUCCAAAUCCAGACUCUGAAUCUGGAUCAGCUUUGUCAUGUGGUUGUACCGUGCAGAACAGACAUCUGAACUGGUCGUUGGAUUUUAUAGAAAGAAACUUAACAUGCAUGAUUUUGGCCCGAAUGGUGCGGUA